AUGCAAGAGGAUCACAAUAAGAAGAUGAAAGUGAAGAAGGGUUGGCUUGCGGUUCAAGUUGGAUUAGAAGAUGAAAGUAGUGAAGAAGGUUCAACACCUCAAAGAUUUGUCAUACCUAUUUCAUACCUUUACCAUCCACUAUUUAAGAGACUUCUAGACAAAGCUUAUGAGGUUUAUGGCUAUCAUACCGAUGGUCCACUCAAGCUACCGUGUUCCGUCGACGACUUCCUUCAUCUACGGUGGCGAAUCGAGAAAGAAUCUAAUCAUCAUGGUGCUGCUAGUCACCAUAACCAUCAUAGCCACCAUAAUCAUCGCCUUCCUCAUGCUUUGUAUAAUUUUCACUCUUGUUAA